GAGGCGGAAGUGUGCGGCGGGCUGCCAUGUAACUUCCGGAGAGGAGCGGGAGGAGGAGGAGGCGCCGCCGCGCGGGGAGCCGGGCCGUGUCCGUCUGUUUGUCUGUCUGUCCGUGGAGCUCCGCCAGGGCUGCUGGGGCAUCCGCCCGCCCCUGUGUCAGGCGCUGUCUGUCCGCCCCUGUGUCAGGCGCUGUCUGUCCGUGCUGGGGCUCAGGCUCGGGUCUGUCUGUCUGUCCUGGGGCUCAGGCUCUCCCUGCCCAGGCUCUGGUCGGUCUGUCUGUCCUGGGGCUCAGGCUCUGGUCCGUCUGUCUGUCCUGGGGCUCAGGCUCUGGUCGGUCUGACUCUCCUGGGGCUCAGGCUCGGGUCUGUCUGUCUGUCCCUGUGUCAGGCUCGGGUCUGUCUGUGUGUCCUGGGGCUCGGGUCGGUCGGUCUGUGUGUCCUGGGGCUCAGUCUGUCCGUGUGUCUUGGGUGCUGGUUGGUGCAGGGCUGACCAGUGCCUGGGCCCCCCGAGGCUGGGAGAGGAGGCAGCAUGUCCGUGGCUGGGCUGAAGAAGCAGUUCUACAAAGCGAGCCAGCUGGUCAGCGAGAAGGUUGGUGGAGCUGAAGGGACCAAGCUUGAUGAUGACUUCAAAGAAAUGGAAAAGAAAGUGGACGUUACCAGCAAGGCGGUCACAGAAGUAUUAACCAGAACUACCGAAUACCUGCAACCCAACCCAGCUUCCAGAGCCAAGCUAACGAUGCUCAACACCAUGUCGAAGAUCCGCGGGCAGGUGAAAAACCCCGGCUAUCCACAGUCGGAAGGGCUCCUGGGGGAGAGCAUGAUCCGGUAUGGAAAGGAGCUGGGCGACGAAUCCAAUUUCGGUGAUGCACUUCUUGAUGCUGGUGAAGCUAUGAAACGAUUGGCUGAAGUGAAAGACUCGCUGGAUAUUGAAGUCAAACAGAACUUUAUCGAUCCUCUCCAGAACCUGUGCGACAAAGACCUGAAAGAGAUCCAGCAUCAUCUUAAGAAGCUGGAGGGCAGGCGCCUGGACUUUGACUACAAGAAAAAACGUCAGGGGAAGAUCCCAGACGAGGAGCUCCGCCAGGCCCUGGAGAAAUUUGAAGAGUCCAAGGAAAUAGCUGAGACUAGUAUGCACAACCUUCUGGAGACUGACAUUGAGCAAGUGAGCCAACUCUCAGCCCUGGUGGAUGCCCAGGUAGAUUACCACAGACAAGCUGUGCAGAUCCUGGAUGAGCUCGCGGAGAAACUCAAACGCAGAAUGAAGGAGGCCUCUUCGCGCCCCAAGCGGGAGUACAAACCGAAACCCAGAGAGACGUACGAUUUUGGAGACGCCGACCAAUCCAACGGAGGCUUUUCUUGCAACCCCACCCCCAAAGUCUCAGCAGCUUCCUCCUCUUUUCGAUCCGACAAGCCAUCCCGGACCCCCAGCAGGAGUAUUUCUCACCUGGACCAGCCCUGCUGCAAGGCGCUCUAUGACUUUGAACCUGAAAACGACGGCGAGCUGGGCUUUAGGGAGGGUGACAUCAUCACGCUGACCAAUCAGAUUGACGAAAACUGGUACGAGGGCAUGAUCAAUGGCCAGUCCGGGUUCUUCCCGCUCAACUACGUGGAAGUGCUGGUCCCGCUACCUCAGUGAAACUGCAUCUCCCCCCCCCCCAUCGCACCCCCCCGGCCCUUCCCCUUCCUCCUCCCCCACCAGAUACAAACUCACGGCGGGGCGAGCCCUGCUCUUCUCCUGCAUUCCAUUUUGUAACUCAACACUAGGCUGCUUCUGCGGGGCGGGGCUGUGAGAGCGGGACGGUGUUCGCUCUGCACGGGCGCUGGAUCGGGGUAAGGGCAGCAGCGGGGAACAAGCCCCAAGGGCUGGGCAGCCCCCGUCAAGUUCUUCCUUCUGGGCCUUGAACUAGGUACUUUCAACCCCACCAGGCUCCUCCCACUUUGUACAAUAAGCCAAAUCGAGCAUC